GUAGGAGAGAGCGAAAAGCCCACACGCCAGCCUCGGUGUCCUUAUUUCUAACUCGGGAGCGCAAAGCAUGUUAACGCCGCACGUCCCUUCACGGCUACUGCAUGCGCUCUGAGGGAAGAGUUGGAGCUUGCUUUGGCCAGACAAACGCUUCCCUGAUUCCUGAGAUGCAAUGAUGGAUAGCCGGAUCCUCGAGCAUCGUCAUGCCCAGUUUGGAGGCUCUUUGGGAGGCAUGGUUGGAAUGGGUUUCCCCUACCACCUCGGUCACCAUCAUGUUUACGAUAUUUCCGGACACCAGCUACAGUCGGCGGCCGCUGUUCCUUUUUCUAUAGACGGAUUACUUAACGGAUCAUGCUCUGCGUCUGUUGCAAACUCCAACCCAUUACUCGGAUCUGGUUGUGUUGUAAACGGGGAUAGUCAGUAUAAACUCAGCGUCGGGGUGUGGUUUCAAAACCGACGAGCUAAAUGGCGCAAAAAGGAGAACACGAAGAAAGGGCCCGGUCGACCGGCUCACAACUCUCACCCCACUACCUGCAGCGGCGAACCAAUGGACCCACAGGAGAUCGCACAACGGGAGUUGGAGCGCUUGGAAAAGAAGAAGCGAAAACAGGAGCGCAGGCUGCUGAAAUCUCAGAACAGGCUCUUAGUAGGUGAGCUCUUCCACACGCCCGGAUCUGACAGUGACAGUGGAGUAUCGCAGAGCACGGAUAGCGAGUCCACUCCACACACCGGGCCCCAGCCUAGCGCGCACCGACAGCAAACAGAACUUAUAUGUGAUCAACAUCCACACCACCAAAGAGCCGGUGCAGUCAACGAGACAGCGGAACCCAUGUACUCCGUGCGGAACUCUGCUCUGUGCCCCGCGAACGGCAUCACACGCGCCUCCACGCUCCAGAAACUCAACCCAUUUAGUGUGGAGAGUUUACUAGCCGACUCAAGUCCCAGGAGAAAAACUAUCCUGGAGUUUUCUCAGUUACCGCCGCAGCGACCACUGGUCGGUAAAGGCCAU